CGUCGCGCCGCCGGCAGCGUUAGGGCCGCCCACCGGCGGCGGCGGCUGCCAGCGGCAGCGGCAGCAGCGGCAGCAGCAGCAACAGCAGCAGCAGCAGCGACAGCAGCAGCAGCAGCAACAGCAGCGGCACGCGUCGAGCCAUGGCGCCCCCGAAAAAGGCGCGCUGCGCACGGUGGCGCGCUGCUACCCCGAUGUGGCGGCCAUGCAGCCCAAGGAGUACUGGAACGACGUGUGCCCGAUUGAGUGGGGGGCCAUGGAGAAGUACGAGGUCCUGCAGCAGCUGGGCAAGGGCAAGUACGGCGAGGUCUUCGAGGGCAUCGACUGCGACGACAACAGCCGCUGCGUGGUCAAGAUCAUGCGGCCGGUCAAAGAGCAGCGGCUGAAGCGCGAGAUCAAGAUCCUGCGCCACGUGCGCGGGGGGCCCAACAUCGUGGACAUGCGCGAUCUUGUGAGGGACCCCGACACCAAGACGCCGUGCUUUGUGUUUGAGCUGGUGGAGGCCGUGCCCCUCAGGGAGCUGCAGGUGGGUCGUUAG